AUGCAGAUCUUGCGUGAGGAGAACGCCAUCCUAAGGCGGAAGGAAGAAGGAAUCCCAUCGACGCCUACUGUACCCGACCCGCUCAGGUUAAGUCGGGGGCAGCAGCACCGGGAUGUCGAACGGGUGGAGAGUCGCCCUCCACCAACAGGACACGAGCAAUCACAGCCGGCUCGGGUCGAAAGGACGCAGGCUUCAAGGGGAAAUCCGUCGCACACGAUGGCGGAGAGCUCGGGAGCAAACGAUGGGGGUCGCCCAUCACGUCAACCGAUCCCCGCGUCGGGAUUCUCCCCCUUUACAUCGUACAUUUUGGAGACGCCAUUGCCGGAGAAGUGGAAAAUCCCAACUUUCGACAAGUACGAUGGCACGACCAAUCCGGACAAUCACAUGCGGGUCUUCAUGCAUAAGAUGAUGUUCCACGCCGUUAGUGACCCCAUCUGGUGUCGUGUUUUCUCGACUUCUUUGACAGGGGAGGCGUUGGAAUGGUUUUCCGAGUUGCCGGCCGGAAGAUGGGGAAUCGCUGAGGAGUUAUCUCGAUCGAUACAAUCGGAUGUCAGUCAAGAUAAAAGAUCUCAACGACGAAAUCGCUCGACAUCACUUCUCCUAUGGGCUCCAGCCGGGAGUUUUCGCGGACAAGAUAAGCCGCAAGAAACCGAAGACGAUGGAGGAGAUGAGGGAACGAGCGGAGAAGGAGGAUGCCGCAACCGCAAAGCCGGUCGCACCUCGCCCAAACAGGCCUCUGGCUCGGCCCAGCGAGAAAAAACAACCGAAGUUCACGACGUACACCCCCUGGCCGUUCCUAGGGCCAGGAUCCUACAAGAAGCUUUCAGCGCCGAAUCACUUCCUGCGGCCAGAAAGAAGCCCCCGCCACCCGAUGCUGACGGUAGUAAGCACUGCCAGUACCAUCGGACGAUCGGCCACACUACAGAAGAGUGCCACACGCUCCGCGACAAAAUCGAAGAGCUUAUUCGGCAGGGGCACCUGAAGAAGUAUAUACGGCAGAAACGCCCUCCGCGAAGCCCGGUGAGGCACAGAAGUCCCGUAAGAAGAACCGCCCCGGCCCAGCGGGAGGAGCGGAGGGAGCCCGAACCCGAGAGACGAAGGAGAGGACCGUCUCGGUCGCAUCAGAGCCCAAGGAGGAGCCGCAGUCGGAGCCACGAUAAACCCCUCAGGGGCUAUAUCAAUACCAUCUCCGGAGGGUUCGCCGGAGGAGGAUCGAGCUCAGCAGCUCGAAAGAGGCACGUUCGGGCGUUAAAGUCGGUUCAUCUGGUGGAGAAGAAGAUCCGGUCGAUGCCCUCCAUCACGUUUACGGACGACGACUUCAAGGCGCCCGACCCUGAUCAUGAUGACCCGAUGGUCAUCUCAAUAGAGGUUGCCGAGUAUGGGAUCGAGAAGGUGUUGGUUGACCAGGGAAGCUCCGUCAACAUCUUAUACUGGAAGACUUUCCGGAAGAUGAACCUCUCUGAGGACCUGAUCGUCCCAUAUAACGAGCAAAUUGUUGGUUUCUAUGGCGAGCGAGUCGACACAAGGGGCUACCUGGACCUUCGUACCAGGAUCGGCUCACGGAAGGACGGCCGAGAGGUAAGGGUUAGAUUCCUUUUGGUUGAAGCUAACACCUCCUACAAUGUAUUGCUAGGGAGACCUUGUCUGAACGCCUUCGGAGCGAUCGUAUCCACCCUGCACCUGACCAUGAAGUUCCCGUCGGACAAGGGGACAAUAUGCACGGUGCAUGCAGAUCAACAAGUCGCCAGGCAAUGCUAUGCUGCAGGAUUGAGGAUCAGUCCUUAUAGUCACCCGCGGAAACAACACUGUUCGGAGGUAGCAAUGACAGACCUAGACCCCCGAACGAACACAGAGGAUCGGCUGCAACCAGAAGGAGAGACCAAGGAGAUCCUGAUCGGAAGCCAACCUGGACAGGUCACGAAGAUUGGGGGAGCCCUGAGCGCUGAAGAAGAAGAGCUCCUAAGGGCGGUGAUCUUAGAGAACAAAGAUCUCUUCGCAUGGUCGAGCGUAGAUAUGCCAGGCGUCCAUCCAGAUGUGAUGUCCCAUAAGUUGGCCACCUUCCGGGAAGCUCGCCCGGUCGCUCAGAAGAAGAGAAAAAUGGGAGAAGAGCGAAGGAGGGCGGUCGAGGAGGAAGUCAGGAAGCUAGAGGGAGCUGGUUUCAUCAGAGAGAUCAAAUAUACUACAUGGCUGGCUAACGUGGUCAUGGUGAAGAAGACGAGCGGGAAGUGGAGAAUGUGCACAGAUUUCACCGAUCUCAACAAGGCCUGCCCGAAAGACGCAUACCCGUUACCCAGCAUCGAUCGGCUUGUUGAUGGGGCCUCAGGACACAACUUCCUAAGCUUCCUGGACGCGUACUCAGGGUACAACCAAAUCCCUAUGUAUGGCCCAGACAGAUCCAAAACGGCGUUCAUUACCGACCGAGCAAACUUCUGCUACGAGGUUAUGCCGUUCGAUCUGAAAAACGCAGGGGCGACAUAUCAGAGGCUGAUGGACCGGGUCUUCAGGGGACAGAUCGGUCGGUCUAUGGAAGUGUACGUUGACGACAUGGUCGUAAAGUCGCAAACUACCGAAGAUCAUGCGCGCGACCUCAGGGAGGUUUUUCACCAAGUGCGCAAAUACAAUAUGCGGCUCAACCCGGAGAAGUGUGUCUUCGGGGUGCCGGCCGGGAAAUUCCUGGGUUUCAUGUUGACCGCCCGAGGCAUAGAAGCUAACCCAGAUAAGUGCGCCGCCAUCGCAGAGAUGAGGAGCCCCAAGAAUCUGAAGGAAGUCCAGCGGUUGAUAGGGCGGUUAACCUCUCUGGCACGUUUCCUACCUAGGCUCACGGAGAAGGUCAGACCGAUUCUGAAGAUCAUGAAGAAGCAAACUGUCGAAAAGUGGGACGAUCAAUGCGAGGUGGCGUUUCGGGAGAUAAAGGAGAUGAUCAGCAGUCCCCCAAUAAUGAGCCGACCGAGCGCAGAAACGAGAUAUCAGCUGAUAGAGAAGAUAGCCUUGGCGCUAUUGACGGCCGCACGCCGGUUGCGCCAGUACUUCCAGAGUCACCAGGUGAUCGUCCGCACCGAUCAUCCCAUUGCCAAGAUACUCCGGAAGCCCGACUUAGCUGGUAGAAUGAUCGCUUGGUCGGUCGAGUUAUCCGAGUUCGGGCUCAAGUACGAACCCAGAGGAUCUGUCAAGGGACAACAUUUGGCAGACUUUGCAGCUGAACUCCACGGACCGAUACACCCGUCGGAGCAUAUGUGGAUUCUCUUCGUCGAUGGAUCAUCGGAUAAACGUAAUGCUGGAGCAGGGAUCGUCAUCGAGGGAUCGGGCGAUUUCACGGUGGAGCACUCCCUACAGUUCAAGUUUAAAGCCUCGAAUAACCAAGCAGAAUACGAAGCGCUGAUCGCCGGGCUGAGGCUUGCAAAAGACCUAGGAGCGACGAAAUUGAAGUGCAACACUGAUUCGAAGCUCGUGGUCGGCCAGGUUCAGGGAGAAUACCAGGUUAAGGAUGACCUGUUGCUCCAAUACUAUCACAAGGUGGUCGAAGCCAUGAAGGAGUUCAAAGAUAUCACUAUCCACCACAUUCCUCGAGCGGAAAAUACCAGAGCCGAUAAGCUAUCUAAGCUGGCGGAAGGAAAAGAGAAGGGCCAAUUGAAGACAAUCAUCAGGCAAACCCUGAUGAGACCCUCAGCGGGGGAAUGCGCUGCAGCGGACCGGUUGGCAGAUUGGAUUGGGGAGGUGCGAGAACUCUUAAAGAGGUGCGAGGCCGGAGAAGAGAUCAGACCGACGGAGAGACGACGAGCACUCCGGUUCGUGAUCAUCGGAGAAGAUCUAUAUAAGAGAGGCUUCACAGCGCCGCUCCUCAAGUACUUAGCAGCAGACGAAGUUGAGACUGUGAAGCCAUGA